AUGCGAUCUCUGUCGUCCCUGGUAGUCCCGACAUCAAAUCAAGGCAAAGCCACGGCCUCAAUCACGUAUAGACAGGGCUAUAUCAAGCUCGAGGUGAUCGCGGAAGGUCCCAUACGGGUAGUCUUCGGCCUAAGGAGUCGUGAUUGGGACCCCUUCAAGAGAGCCGCGGACGCCGAGAAGCUCCACAUGGAGCUGAAUCGAGUUGACCUGAACAUGAUACCUGUAUACGACAUAUCCUAUGAGGUUAAGGAGCUCGAGCGGCAGCUUGGGCGGAUGAACCUUGAUCGAGUCAACCUAAAGAUCACUGGUCUCACCGAUAUGCCGCAUCCGCCAUCUAUCUCUGAAGAUCGCCGCAUCGUGAUCCCACGAACCGAAACAGUUGCCAUAGAACCUACAGAGAAGCUCACGUCUGAGCCUGUUGCUCAACUCGAGGAGCGGCUCAAGAUUCUGGACACCUAUAGUGUCAACGAUGAGGUCCGCGAUCUCAUAGACAAUAUGAGGAUAGAGUAG